AUGGCGGACCAGAUGGCUUUUCUACUCUUCGGGGACCAGUCCCUCGACACACAUGGCUUCUUAGCCGAGUUUUAUAGACGAGGGAACCCGAGUAUUCUAUCGAAAGAAUUUCUCCGGUUAGCCGGUGAUGCUUUGAGGGACGAGGUGGACCGUCUACCUCGGGAGGGCCGUCGACGAAUUCCCGUUUUCAGGACACUGCAACAGCUCAAUGAGAGAUACCGCCAACAGAGGUUGAAGUUCCCCGGAAUAGACUCUGCCUUAUUAUGUAUAGCCCAACUGGCGCACUACAUCGACCGAUCUGAAAAGGAGCACGAAGAUGUAACCGACCAUAAAAAUACCAAACUCUCCGGCCUUUGCACGGGGCUGUUUGCGGCAACGGCCAUUGCGUCGAGCUAUUCGCUCUCGACCCUCAUCCCAAUCGCCGUUCAAGUCGUCCUAUUAGCCUUUAGGACAGGAUCUCACGUGGCGUCAUUAGCAGAUAGGCUCAGUCCUCCGAAAGAAGAGUCGGAAAGCUGGACGUAUGUGCUGCCUGCCGCAAAAGAAGCGGAGGCAAAGCCCAUUCUUGCAGAGUUUCACAGAUCAGAGGGAAUUUCUCAAGCCUCGCAAGCUUACGUGAGCGCUGUAUCUGCGAAUAACAUCGCGAUAUCUGGUCCGCCAGCAACUUUGAGAUCUUUAUUCAAUAAAGACCUUUUCGAAUCGAGGCCCACAGCUAUACCUGUUUAUGGACCAUACCAUGCGAAACAUUUGCAUGGUUCAGUAGAUAUUAAAGAGAUGCUUCGACUUGAUGAUGAGGCUGUCACCACAGCACUCGCAGGAUCAAAGCCCCGAAGUGUUGUAAUGUCUACCGUCACUGGGGCGCCCUUCCCCGAGACAGACACCAAGUCUCUUAUCAUAGCCGUGGUUCACGAAAUAUUAAAUGAACCCUUAUUAUUCCACAAAGCUUUGAGCGGAAACGCCAACGAGGCCCGGGGGUUUAAGGGGUCCCGGAUUUUAGUGAUUCCAUAUGGCCCGACUCAGGCUGCGAGCACGUUAGCCACUGUUCUGAAGUCGCAGACGAAAGCGGAGGUCGUACUUCGACCGGCUCCUCAAGUUUCUCGAGAGAAGGCGGUGACUUCGAUCGGAAAUCACGGAUCUACGGGAAACUGUAAGCUGGCUAUUGUUGGUAUGGCCGGUCGCUUCCCGGAUUCGGCCAGUGUUGAAGCUCUCUGGGAUCUCCUCGAGAAGGGUAUAGAUGCGCAUCGUGUCGUUCCAGCUGACCGGUUCCCGGUUGAGACACAUUACGACCCUACUGGGAAAGCGAUAAAUACUAGUCACACACCUUACGGUAACUGGAUUGAGCAACCGGGGUUAUUUGACCCGCGUUUCUUCAACAUGUCACCGCGAGAGGCUUUGCAAACUGACCCAAUGCAGCGCCUAGCCUUAACAACUGCUUACGAGGCUCUCGAGAUGUCCGGCUACGUACCGAACCGGACGCCGUCCACAAGGCUAGACCGCAUUGGCACUUUCUAUGGUCAAACGUCAGAUGACUGGCGUGAGAUCAAUGCGGCUCAAGAGGUGGACACAUAUUACAUUACUGGUGGCGUGCGUGCUUUUGGUCCUGGUAGGAUCAAUUAUCACUUCGGAUUUAGUGGUCCUAGUUUGAACAUUGAUACCGCUUGUUCAUCUAGUGCUGCUGCACUUCAGGUUGCCUGCACUUCUUUAAGAGCAAAGGAAUGUGAUACAGCCAUCGUCGGUGGUCUUUCUUGCAUGACCAACUCGGACAUUUUUAGCGGUCUGAGUCGGGGUCAGUUUUUGAGCAAGGAGCACAAUUGCAAUACCUUCGACAAUGAUGCCGAUGGUUAUUGCAGAGCUGAUGGCUGCGCUUCCGUAAUUGUGAAGCGACUUGAUGAUGCCUUGGCAGAUAAAGACAACAUCCUCGCCGUUAUUUUGGGGACGCAAACCAACCAUAGCGCCGACGCUAUCUCGAUCACCCACCCCCAUGGCCCGACACAAUCCAUUUUAUCAUCAGCUAUCCUGGAUGACGCUGGUGUGGAUCCCCUUGAUGUUGACUACGUCGAAAUGCAUGGUACAGGAACUCAGGCUGGCGAUGGCACAGAAAUGGUUUCCGUUACGGAUGUUUUCGCUCCUGCUAAUCGGCAUAGACCUGCAGACAGGCCUCUAUACCUUGGUGCGGUGAAAGCGAACGUCGGUCACGGCGAAGCUGCCUCUGGUGUUACUGCUUUGAUCAAGGUUUUGAUGAUGCUGAAGAAAAAUGCGAUCCCGCCUCACAUCGGGAUUAAAAAGGAGAUCAAUAAGACCUUCCCUACCGACCUUGGCGAGCGCGGUGUUAACAUCGCUUUCCACAAGACACCAUUCGUAAGGAGAGAUGGAAAACCUCGACGUGUUUUCGUCAACAAUUUCAGCGCGGCUGGUGGAAACACCGGUCUGCUGCUAGAGGAUGGUCCUCGCUACAAGACGGCUACUGUAGAUCCCCGCAGCCAUCAUGUUAUCACUGUCACUGCUAAGUCUAAGGCUGCUAUGAUCCGGAACGCCGAAAACCUAGUUCAAUGGAUGGAGGAGAAUCCUUCCACUUCCGUCUCGCAUGUAGCUUACACUACGACUGCUCGCAGGAUUCAGCAUUACUGGCGCAUGAAUGUGACUGCUACCAGCUUGAUCGAGGCCCAAGAAGCGAUUAAAGAACGCCUCAAGUAUAACUUUGUUCCUGUUUCUCCUGAGCAACCGAAGGUAGCAUUCCUAUUUACCGGCCAAGGUUCACACUAUGCUGGUCUUGGAAGAGAUCUCUACACACACUACUCCGUCUUCCGCCGAGCUAUCAAUGAGUACGACCACCUAGCUCGUGUUCAUGGCUUCCCUUCAUUCCUCUCUCUUAUUGACGGCAGCGAGCCCGAGGUUCAAAAGCUCUCUCCCGUUGUUGUACAACUCGGACUAGCUUCCUUCGAGAUGGCUCUGGCGCAGCUUUGGACUUCUUGGGACAUUCAUCCCAGCGCCGUCCUAGGCCACAGUCUGGGAGAGUAUGCCGCCCUCCACGUCGCAGGUGUCCUGUCCGCUAGCGACGCCAUCUACCUUGUCGGUGCCCGUGCUCAGCUCCUCGUUGAGAAAUGCACUGCAGGAACCCAUGCGAUGUUGGCUGUUCAAGGUUCGGUCGAGAAUGUCACGGAUACUCUUGGCGACCGCGCAUCAUCGACUAACAUUGCCUGCAUCAACGGCCCCCGGGAAACCGUCCUUAGUGGUGCAUCUACCGAAAUUGCCGAAAUCGCUGAACAGCUUGGUGGUGCUGGGUUCAAGUGCACUCAGCUCAAGGUACCCUUCGCCUUCCACUCCGCUCAGGUUGAGCCCAUCCUCGAUGACUUCGAGAAGCUGGCUCGCUCAGUUCGUUUCGAGGAGCCCAAGAUCCCGGUGAUUUCUCCUCUACAUGGAAAGCUGUUAGAGGGUGAACCUAUCAACCCAGCUUAUCUGCGCGAUCAUGCUCGAGAGGCUGUUAACUUCCUCGGCGGCCUCGUUUCCGCUCAGCAAUCUGGUGUUAUCGACGAGAAGACUGUUUGGCUUGAGGUCGGCCCUCACCCCGUGUGUGCUAACAUGGUUAAGGCUGCAUUUGGUGCUACUACGAUUGCUGUGCCGUCGUUACGUCGCAACGAGGGUACAUACAAGACCCUCAGCUCAACGCUAUGCACACUGCAUUCAGCCGGCUUGAACAUUGAUUGGAAUGAAUACCAUAGGGAUUUCGACGCGUCAGUGCGUUUAAUGGACCUCCCGGCGUAUUCAUUCGACCUGAAGAAUUACUGGCUUCAGUACACUGGCGAUUGGUCACUUACUAAAAACCGAGGUGCCUUGGCUGCUCCCAAGGCCAUUGAGCCGAGCAAGCCUAAGGUAUCGACAACUACAGUCCAGAAGGUCACUAAAGAGGAAAUCAACGGUGACAUUGUCAUUCUUGAGACGGAGUCUGAUUUGACAGAGAAGAACAUGCGAAAAAUCUGCGAGGGUCAUCGGGUGAAUGGCACUACGCUUACUCCCAGCACGCUAUACGGCGAUAUGGCCUUGACUAUAUGCGAGUACGGCUACAAGCUUAUACGACCCGACGCCAAGGAUCUUGGUAUGAAUGUCGCCAAUAUGGAAGUACCCAAGACUCUCAUCUUCAACCCGAAGGCGGAAAGCCAAAUCCUCCGCAUGCAUGUAAAGAUCAAUGUGGCCGAGAAUGUAGCUGACAUUUCCUUCACAACUGGUGAAGGUGCUCAGAAGGCUGAGCAUGCUUUCUGCAAAGUCUUCUUUGGUGAUUGCCAACAGUGGCUGGAUGAGUUCGAGCGCGUUAGUUACUUGAUCAAGGCGCGCAUUGAUGCACUCAAGGCCGCCGAAGUGCGCGGUGAGGCUUCAAAGGUCGGCCGGGGUAUUGCUUAUAAGCUAUUCUCAGCUCUGGUUGACUAUGACCCGCAAUACCGAGGCAUGGAAUCCGUCAUCUUGGACAGCGAGACUUGCGAGGCGACUGCUAAGGUCGUUUUUCAGGCUGGACCUGAAUUUGGUACUUUCCACACCGCACCGUACUGGAUUGAUUCUGUUUGCCAUAUUUCUGGCUUCAUCGUCAACGGUACCGACGCUGUUGACUCCCGUGAGCAGGUCUAUAUUUCGCAUGGUUGGGGCAGUAUCAGGUUUGCUGAGCGCCUUGACGGUUCUAAGACUUACCAAAGUUACAUCCGCAUGCAAAAUGUCAAGGGCACUAAGAUGAUGGCUGGUGAUGCUUACAUAUUCGAUGGCGACAAGCUCAUCGGUAUUGGUGGUGACAUCCGUUUCCAGGCUAUCCCGCGCAAGGUUCUCAAUCUUGUCUUGCCUCCUCAAGGUGCUGCCGCCGCCGCUUCUGCUCGCGCUGCUCCCGCCGCUAAGGCUGCUCCCACCAAAGCCCCGGUCAAGGAGAAGAAGCAGGUCACGACUUCUAACUUGCCAGCAGUGAACAAGAGGCUUUCACAGACCUCUGUUACCGCUCAGGUAAUGGAGAUUGUUUCCAAGGAGACAGGUGUCAGCCACGAUGAACUGGCGGACAAUAUCGCUUUCUCUGACCUCGGUGUUGACUCGUUGAUGGGCCUCACUAUUAGUGGCCGCCUCCGUGAAGAGCUUGAAUUGAACAUCGACUCCCACGCCUUUAACGACCACAGCACAAUUGGUGCAUUCAAGAAGUUCCUGGCUCAAUUUGAAUCUGUUACUACGACCGUCGUUUCCGAGUCAAGUGGCUCAAGCGGUACCUCCGAUAGCGACGAUGAAAUCGAAUCAGACUCUGAGGUUACUACCCCCGGUGAGAGUGACAAGGGUUCAGUAAAGGGUGAACCUGCGGCAGCUCGCUCUAGUGGAAAUAACGAGCUUCAGCAAAUCGUGCGAGAGACCAUCUGCGCCGAGAUGGGUGUCGAGGUCGAGGAGAUCAUUGCUGCCCCUGAUUUGGCAGCUCUUGGUAUGGACUCUCUUAUGAGUUUAUCCAUCUUAGGUAUACUUCGCGAGAAGACCGGUCUCAAUAUCCCUGCCGACCUACUAGGCCACAACCCUUCUCUAAAGGAUAUCGAGCGAACUCUAGGAAUUGAGGAUAAGCCCAAGCGUGUUGCAUCUGCUUCGAAACCCGCCGCUCCCAAGCCUGCUAAGGCUAAGACUGAAUCCAAGGCUGCUACUAAGACCGAGACUGUCGUUACUAAAUCUGCAUUAGCCAAUGAUCCUUACCCUCACCGAAAGGCCACAUCUGUGCUGCUACAAGGUAACCAUCGCACUGCCACCAGGCAGCUCUUCAUGAUUCCGGAUGGAAGUGGUAGCGCCACGUCCUACACAGAGAUCUCGGAUCUCGGCCAAGAUGUCGCUGUCUGGGGUAUGUUCUCGCCGUUUAUGAAGACUCCUGAGGAGUACAAGUGUGGAGUUUACGGAAUGGCGACCAAGUUCAUCGAGGAGAUGAAGCGUCGUCAGCCACAGGGACCUUACGCCGUCUCUGGUUGGUCCGCCGGUGGUGUUAUUGCUUACGAAAUUGUAAACCAAUUAACAAAGGCUGGCGAUGAAGUAUCUCACUUACUCAUCAUUGACGCGCCUUGCCCAAUUACCAUUGAGCCUCUACCAGCUGGCCUUCAUGCUUGGUUCGCCGAAAUUGGUCUCCUCGGUGAGGGUGACGGAGCUGAAGCAAAGAAGAUUCCAUCUUGGCUCCUACCUCAUUUCGCUGCCUCCGUUACCGCCCUGUCCAACUACACCGCCGAGCCGAUCCCUAAGGAGAAGUGCCCUAAGGUGACGACAAUCUGGUGUGAAGAUGGCGUUUGUAAGCUCCCAACGGACCCGCGCCCAGACCCUUACCCCACCGGUCAUGCUCUCUUCCUCCUUGACAACCGAACAGACUUCGGUCCUAACCGUUGGGAUGAAUAUCUCGACGCUGAGAAGAUGACAUUCCACCACAUGCCCGGCAACCACUUCUCGAUGAUGCACGGCGAUCUUGCGAAGCAGCUCGGCGGUUUCCUCAAGGACGGCAUCCACCGCUAA